UUUUGUGUUGUCUGUGGUUCAUUUUAGAAUUUGUGUUAACAUAAGAAUAACAUUGUGUAUUUAAGUGAAUUCCACUGUCGUUCUCCUGUUUCUCCCAUUCUCAGGAUCCGUUUGACUCAAUUCUUUGUUUGUCAUUCCCAACCAGAGUAAGCACUGGUGAUCUCACUCUUCUGUCUGUUCAGCUUCAUCAUGGAUAACACACAAACAACCCGAGAUGAAGAUUUUUCUCCAGGAUACAGUUCAGUUCACCAGAAGGAAUCAGAGCCAGAGCCCAGCUGUGUGUCUAUGAGGAGUGAUGUUUCUUUGGAUCAUCCAAUUGAUUUUAAGAGUGACGACACAAGGCUUAACCUCAAGUCAAUCCUGCUACCCGUCUGUAAGAAAUAUGACCAGUCUAUGAAUCAAACACAAGACAGCACAUAUCCUGGUGUCAGCCAUGAAGUCCUCAACAUGUUUAGAUCAACUCUGAUGAAGAACUUUGGGCGUCUGUGUGAGGGAACAGUCACACAGGGAAACCCAACACUCCUGAAUGAGAUCUACACAGAGCUCUUCAUCACAGAGAGUGAGAGUGGAGAGAUCAGUAAUGAGCAUGAGGUGAGACAGAUUGAGACACAAACCAGGAGAGUGGCAACAAAGGACACAGCCAUUAAAUGUAAUGACAUUUUUAGACCUUUACCUGGACAAGACAAAGCCAUCAGAACUGUGCUGACAAAGGGAGUCGCUGGCAUUGGAAAAACAGUCUCUGUGCAGAAGUUCAUCCUGGACUGGGCUGAAGGGAAAGAGAAUCAGGACGUCCAGCUCAUAUUUCCACUUCCUUUUAGAGAGCUUAAUCUGAUGAAGUACAAAAAACUCAGUCUUUCAGAUCUUCUUCAUGUCUUUUUCCCUGAAACUAAAAAAAUGGAAAUAUCCAGUGAUGAAUAUAAAGUGUUGUUUAUCUUUGAUGGUCUGGAUGAGUGUCGUCUUUCUCUGGAUUUUCAGAGCGAUGUGAGGUUGUAUGAUGUAAGUGAAUCAGUCUCAGUGGACGUGCUGCUGAUAAACCUCAUUGUGGGGAAUCUGCUUCCCUCUGCUCUCAUCUGGAUCACCUCCAGACCAGCAGCUGCUGAUCUCGUCCCCUCUGAGUAUGUCCAUCGAGUGACAGAGGUGCGAGGCUUCAAUGAGCCACAGAAGGAGGAAUACUUCAGGAAGAGAAUCAGUGAUCAGAGUCUGGCCGACAGGAUCAUCUCACACCUGAAGUCAUCAAGGAGCCUCUACAUCAUGUGCCACAUCCCAGUGUUCUGCUGGAUCUCAGCCGCUGUUCUAGAGAAGAUGUUGAGUCAAGUAGAGAGUGGAGAGAUUCCCAAGACUCUCACUCAAAUGUACACACAAUUGCUGAUUCUUCAGACCAACAUCAAACAUGAGAAGGACUAUGAGAAGAAGGUGACAGAAGAAGACAUGAUCCUCAAACUGGGGAAACUGGCUUUUCAGCAGCUUGUAGAAGGCAACCUGAUCUUUUAUGAGGAAGACCUGAGAGAGUGUGGCAUUGAAGCGACAGAAGCAUCAGUGUAUUCAGGAUUGUGCACUCAGAUCUUCAGAGAGGAAUUUGGCGUGUAUCAGGGGAAAGUCUUCUGCUUUGUUCAUCUGAGCAUUCAGGAACAUCUAGCAGCUCUGUAUGCACACCUCUCCUGUACAAACCACAACAGAAAUGUGUUUGACCAAAUCACCAAACAGAGUUUGUGUUCUAAAGUGAAGGACUGGUUUCAGCUCAUUUCAUCAGAACAUGUUUCAUUAUCUAAGCUGCAUCAGGGAGCUGUGGAUGAGGCUCUACAGAGUAAAAAUGGACAUCUGGAUCUUUUCCUGCGGUUCCUUCUGGGUUUGUCAGUGGAGUCUCAUCAGAUUCUCCUACAACGAAUAAUGACACUGAAAAGAAGCUGCUCUGACAGCAAUGAGAAAGCAGCCGAGUACAUCAAGAAGAAGAUCAGGACCAUUGACUCUCCAGAAAAAUCCAUCAAUCAGUUCCACUGUCUGAAUGAACUGGGUGAUCGUUCACUAGUGGAGGAAAUACAGCAGUAUCUGAAAUCUGGAAGAAUAAAUAAAGCUAAACUCUCUUCAUCUCAGUGGUCAGCUGUAGUUUUUGUGUUGUUGACAUCAGAAGAGGAACUGAGUGAGUUUCUUCUUGAUAAAUUUGUUAAAAGAAAGAAUAAGCCUGAAAAGAUGAAAGUUCUUCAGAAGAUGCUGCCGGUGAUUAAAGAAUCCAGAUCAGUUCAGUUGAGUAAUUGUGGUGUCACAGAUGAAGGUUGUAUUGCUCUGGCUUCAGCUCUAAGCUCAAACCCCUCACACCUGAGACAACUGGAUCUGUCUGAGAAUAAACUAGGAAGUUCUAGUGUGAAUCUGCUCUCUGCUGGACUGAAGGAUCCUCACUGUAAACUGGAGAAACUGUGGUUGUAUAAUUGUGGUGUCACAUAUAAAGGUUGUGCUGCUCUGGCUUCAGCUCUGAGAUCAAACCCCUCACACCUGACAGAACUGAAUCUGAUUGGAAAUAAACUACAAGAUUCAGUGAAGCUGCUUUCUGAUGUGCUACAGAAUCCUCAAUGUAAACUGGAGAAACUGUGGCUGAGUAAUUGUGGUGUCACAGAUGAAGGUUGUGCUGCUCUGGCUUCAGCUCUGAAAUCAAACCCCUCACACCUGACAGAAUUGAGUCUGUCUGGGAAUAAAAUAGGAAAUUCAGUGAAGCUGUUUUCAGAAGUACUACAGAAUCCUUACUGUAAAUUGCAGAAACUGGGAUUGAAAUAUUGUGGUGUCACAGAUGAAGGUUGUGCUGCCCUGGCUUUAGCUCUGAGAUCAAACCCCUCACACCUGAGAGAACUGGAUCUGUCUGACAGUAAACUAGAAGAUUCAGUGAAGCUGCUUUUUCAAGUACUACAGAAUCCUAACUGUAAACUGGAGAAACUGUGGUUGAGUAAUUGUGGUGUCACAGAUGAAGGUUGUUCUACUCUGGCUUCAGCUCUGGGAUCAAACCCCUCACACCUGAUGGAACUGGAUUUGUCUGAGAAUCAACUAGGAGAUUAUGGUGUGACCCUUUUCUCUGCUGUACUGGAGGAUCCUCACUGUAAACUGCAGAAACUGUGGUUGAAUUAUUGUGGCAUCACCGAUGAAGGUUGUGCUGCUUUGGCUUCAGCUCUGAGAUCAAACCCCUCACACCUGAGAGAACUGAAUCUGUCUGGAAAUAAACUAGGAAAAUCAGGAGUAAAGUUAGUCUAUGGUCUGAUGGUCGAUCCACAUUAUAAACUGGAGACAUUAUACUAUUACUCUCAGUAUUUAGACAUCAGUCCAGUUUCCUCAGGAUCAGCUAAUGGUGAGUAAGGAGACACUACAGAGACGUCGCAGUCACACAAUCAGCAGAGACUAAAGACAAAGAGAUACAAAGGAUCACAGUGUCACUGUGUGACUUAUUAUACGAGUUGGGGUACUUGGACUCCAGCUUUUAGCAGAAUUGGACUUAGUCUCGGCCUCAGAUGCAUUUUUACUUGACGUGACUUGGAUUCAAGUCUUGGGAUUCAAAAAAUAUUUUCAAGUCUGACCCAGUACAGGGACAGUUAAUGGAACUGUCACUGACACAAUGCAUUGUCACGAAAGUGAUGUUCAGUAUUCGUAUGCAUUUUUACGUCUUGCCAGUACUUGAAAGCUGCCGUGUUUCUGUGCACACACACCCAAAGCGCGCUUACAGAAAGUGUCUCUCAGUCAGCAUGUGAAUGCCAAAUUAAGUGCUCUUUUAUGUGUUAUUGCUACACAUUCAAAUACACUAAAAGCCAGGUGGCAUUAAUGCACGGACAUACCUGGGCUUAAGCUCAGGGCCCUGGGCUGAAGGGGGCCCACGGUGAUGCCGGAAAAUAUUGUAACCGCAUCUUAUAAUGAGUUGACUGUUCCCUUAAAAUUAUGCUUUAUUGUUGCUUUGAACACUUGUGCGGGAGAAGUGUCAGCCAAAUACUCCCAAAUAUAAAAGAGAAAAAACAUAUUUUAACGCAGGUCUAGGAGAAGAUGCACAUGCAGAUCAUGGCAAAGGUAGGUCAUAUGCUAUCAGUAGCUAGAUAAGCUAUAAUUAGUCAAAUAAUGAACUCCUUUAUCAUCUUAACAGUUGAGCUUGCAGUAGUUAGCACAGUGAAAAAUAAUCCUUUUUAUGAUGCAUCACAAUGCUGAUUUGGAUGAUUCUGCAUAAAUUUAACAAAAUAGUCCCAGGGCACUAAAAAAUCUGAAGUGUUGAUUUGGGCCCGCUAGUGCAGGGGUAAUAGUUAUAAUAACAGACUUAUUUGCUUUUAUUUUUGUUCACAUUUUCAUUUUUAAUUAUGAACCUACAGGACAAUAUCGGCUUAUGCAUUUAUUUGGAAGAGAACAGAUGAGACUGUGUAACUUUUCUUGUACAAAACUCCACCCCCUGCAGUGACAGCGAUUUUAAUAUAUUCUCAUUUUUUAUGAACCAAUAUCGAUUUGUAAAUCCCAAUCUAUCUUUUAGGCUAUGCAGUUUUUAGUCGAAGAAUGAACAGUUACGGUUUUCGGUUAACGCGACCUCUGUACAGUACAUACACGAACUCGUUAACUAACAAUAUUAUUGUAGAAUAAAAUUAAAAUCUGUGAAUUAUAGAAAUCUAAAAAAAUCACAAUCUAAAACUAAACGCUGCAGCACAUAUUGAACAGUAAUAUAUAAUCGAAAGUACAAUAUGGCUAAUCCCUUCAUCAAGCCUUCAUCACGUUUUCGCUGUGUGUUUCAAAGUGAAAGGCGCAGUUCGUUCAGGUGAUCAGCUCGUGAUCUGGUGUUUUCCGUGCCUCAGAACAGCUCAUUUCACAGUGACCUCAUUUAUUGCACAUGCUGUGAGUUUAGCACGAUUAGGAAUGCAAUGGCCAACAGUUAUGCUUUAUUUUCACAGCAGAUGAUUACAGAAUUUCACUAGUAGACGCGUAGUGAGACGCGUUUUUUGUCAGCCUGGUGCAAGCUAGAGUUUUCAGUCAAAAUAAAAGCACUACCGCCGUUUCCAUCAAAAUAAAAGCUUAAAAGUGCAGCAUAAAUUGCUGACAGCUAACGGGUAAAUGAGUAAUGUUAAUGCAGUCCGAAUUCAAAAUAUCUCUUUCAAGUGUAGAAAUGAAAAAGAAGUCUGUUUCGUCUGUAUCAUCUCAGUGAGCUUUAAUGGGGUUUUACAUAUGCGCAGUAAGGCGAAUUUAACGUUUUCUGACAUUUCAGUGUAAAUUAAAAACACUAAUGUGGACAGAGAGAGUUUCUAGACAAAAACUCAGUUUUCAAAUGUAUCUGGAUUAAUGUAGACAUAGCCUUUCAUUUCUCAUGUUUUCCUUGACCUAGUUUUCUCUUAUGUCUAAUUAUGUCAUUUGGUUCACCCAUGUCUCUUAAUUACCCUAGUUUGCUGGGGUACUUAAGUUUGUGUUUGUACAGUCUAGUUUUGUCACAUUGUGAAUGUCAGUGUUUGUGUGUCCCCAGAGGAAAGGAAAAUCAAACAUGAGAUCUCCUUCUCAACUCACAUCUUUCUCCUAGACAGAAAUGAGAUCAAGUGAACAUCAAACUGAGACAUAAGGCUAAGUCUCCUGCUUCUCACAUGUUUCUCCUGAGACAAAAAAAUGACAUUCUUUGAUGUUUGUCUCCUCUAAAGCUUCAUAAGAGAUCUCGGCUACAUCACUCACUGUGCUCAGAUUAUUCUCCUUAGAUAGAGACACUCACAUUCUCACAUUUAUCUCCUCUAAAGCUUCAUAAGAGAUCUUGGUAAUAUCUUGCAUCAUGCUUAGCCCUUACGAAACAAUAAUACAUGGGAAUAUAUUGAAAAAUAUAUAAUGUGACAUAUUACAUAAUACAUUUUCAAAUAUUAUACCUGAUGCUAAUAUUUUCACUAUACAUCAGUAUAUGCAUUGACAAUAUAGCAUGUAUUGAACAUAUAAAUAUAUUUAGAAUCAAAGACUGAAAUAAAUCUCAAAUUUGAUCUUUUAUUGGGGAAAUUGCAUAUAGAGGUUUCCACAUAAAUGUGAAUUAAUUUAUACACAUACGUAGAUAUAGACUUAUUGGUAACGCUUUAGAUUACAACCCGCAAAGAACUACGUAAGUAAACUGAAUUUACGGUGUAUGUUUCUGUAAUUAUAGUGUACCUAUAAAGAACGUACAUGUAGGUAUAAGGGAACAAAAUGUUAUAUUUGGGUAAUAAGGGGAUAACAAACCAGAUAUUCAGCCUGCAAAGAACUACAUAAGUAUACUGAAUUUACGGUGUACGUUUCUGUAAUUAUAGUGUACCUAUUAAAGAACGUACAUGUAGGUAUACGGGAACAAUAUGUUACGUUUUGGUAAUAGAGAGUAACAACCAGAUAUACAACCUGCAAAGAACUGCGCAAGUAAACUGAAGUUACGGUGAAUGUUUCGUAUUUCUAUUGUACCUACGUGUAAGUAUAAGGGAACAAUAGGUUACGUUUGGGUAAUAAGGGGGUAGCAAACAGAUAUGCAAAUAAUUUAUAAUGGAUUAAUUAAAAAAAACUUAACAGGUACCUGUUCUAUUAAAUCGUAAGUUUGGUGUAUCUAUACGUAAGCUUUUUAAAAUUACUGGGAAAAUAUACUCUUGUUCCAUGUAUUUACAGGGUAAGUGUGCCCUCUGCGGGCUGUAAAUUAAAGUGGCGACUGUUCCCCCCUUGUUCAACGAAGUUACAGGGUUGGUACAUAUAACAACGCGACGUAAAAUGUGGUUCUACAAAAUGUACAUUUACAUUUUUACAAACAUUAAAUGUACAAUACUGACAUAUUUACAUCAUCUAAACAUUUAACGUUUACUUAAUAUGAAAUUAUAACAUUUCAUUCUGUUGCCAGCUCGUUUCCAAGAAUAGGUCUACAUAAUGUUAUCAUGACUACACGUUAAACCCUUAAAAUAAAUAAUAUUUCUGCAAUCGUUUAAUCAUUCAUGUAAUAUUAACUUAGUUUGCCGUUACACCGAACACGCAUCAUAACUACAAAUUGAACAAUUUUAUUUGUGUGCUGUAACCCAGAUCUUCAGAAUCCAUACGAUUUGCGAGGACCAGAACCGAAUUCAAGGUUUUGUCCGGCGAUCUUCAUCUCCAUCUCUAGCAGCGAGUCCAGCAGCAACAGCCAUAAACCCGUGCUGAAGUGCAUUUUGCGACAGGAAAAUCGGACGUUCAUUGGCUCUCGCCUGCAUUCGUCACAGAUUACGACAUGCCGUGUUUCUGGUGAGAUGUGUUGGAAUGACGCGCGGGCGCCUUCGAGGAGUGGAUCAAGACAAUAAUCUGGAUAAUAUUUUCAGCGAUUAACAAUUUAAAUUCUGCUCUCAUCCUACUGCACCUCAAACCUACUGUAUUCCGCCAGAGAGGACUGCGGCUGCAAACGCAUCGUUAUUUGGAUUACUUUUUGUAUGGCUGUUGACAUUUUUGCAAUAAAUAAAUGAUUGUGAUUGCACUUUCCUGUUUUUUAUAUUUUUAUUACUGUUCAGUCAUAGUUAACGUUAGGUUUAGAGGUAGAAGUGGGAUUAGCGACUAUAAAAAAUAUUUUUAGAUAUAUUUUCAGAUUGUGUGUUUAUGUAUUGUACCUACCCUGUAACUUCCUUGAA